UAACCCGCUGUAAUUCUGAAUCACAAUCUAUUACUGAUAACCCCCUGUCCCAGGCCACCGCCUCAUUGGCUGCUGAGAUCGUCCACCUUUUCCCCUCUGAACCCUUUCCCAGUCAGUGCUUUACUGAAGAUGCAAAAAGGGCAGAGAGGGGGAGGAUUUGUCAGGUAUUUGCACUGAGCUCCUUUCAGCUCAGAGGAAGGGUAGGGCAUUUUGCAAUUUCACUCUCCAGCGGAGCGGCGGGUUAAGUGAAACCUGGCUCUCCCUAACAGGUGGCUGUGCUCCAGCGCGCUUCUGUGAACCCGAACAGCAAUGAAGAGCUCUGCCCUGCAAAUUGUCGGCCUGGUGCUGGGGGUCAUCGGUCUGGUAGGGACGUGCGCGGUAACCGGACUGCCGCAGUGGAGAGUGACCGCCUUCAUUGGGGAUAACCUGGUGGUGUUCGAGAAUAGGUGGGAAGGUUUGUGGAUGAACUGCGUCCGGCAGGCGAACAUCCGAAUGCAGUGCAAGAUAUACGACUCCCUGCUGGCCCUUCCGCCCGAGCUGCAAGCUAGCCGUGCCUUGAUGUGUACUGCGGUGGCUCUGCAGUUCCUGACCGUCCUCCUGACUGCGAUGGGGAUGAAAUGCACUCGCAGCACGUUUGCAAGCGGGCGGUUGAAAAGCCGCAUCCUGAUCACAGGCGGCGUUAUGUUUCUAAUCACCGGCAUUCUCGUCCUGAUCCCCGUUUCCUGGGUUGGCAACUCUAUUAUCAGGAAUUUCUACGACCCACUGGUUCCCAACGCACAGAAACAUGAAAUCGGAGAGGCGAUCUUCAUCGGAUGGGCUACUGCCGGCUUCAUCAUCGCAGCAGGUGCCAUCUUCUGCUGCUCAGGUCUACCCGAAGACGGAAAAGGUUACAGUUAUGCACCUGGACACUAUGGAAAGUAUAACCAGCACCGGCCGACGAGGAAAGUUCCAAGCAUGUAUUCGAAAAGUGAAUUUGUGUAGGUCACUGCGACCUAUAGACAUUUUGUCAGUCCAAAGGACUGCAAGGGUUAAAAUUCCUUUGCCGGUACCCUUCGGAAUUUGCAACGGGAAAGUGGCCCACGUAUGGAAAAUGUUCUGAACAUUUUUGUAAAGCAGUUGUAUAAAAAUGGCAACUUUUAUUUAAAAAUAUAGCAUAUAUUUAAUAAUCAAAUAUUUAAACACAAUAUUGAAAUGAUUGUGAAAAUUUGUAAUUUUUUACAAUAUGUAAGACAAUUUUAAAAUAAUUCUGUAAAAAGAUUUUUUAAUGUCUUAUUACAUUUGAAUAUUAUUGAAAGAAAAAAAUCACCUGUACUUGUACUCAUACACUAGUGUUGAGUUACAGUGGAAACAAGUCAUAAGUAAGCAAAUAACUUUAUUAACUGAGAGCAAGUUACUUUAUCUAUUGCUGGAUUGGGUACCAUGGUAUCUUUUUAAUGCAACACUUGCGUAUUAUUUAAACAAAAGUUUUGAAGAUUGCAGUCCCAUUUUCAGAUGUUGAUAUUCUUCCUUAGCUAUAGAUUUUCCUUUGCCUUAAGCUGUGAUCAAUCAGGUUAAUGAUGAUUUCUACUCAGAUUCCCUUUUCCUGACCUUUGGAAAGUAAUUGGCAGUAACUACACAAGGGCAGCAGGGCUGCUCGCCUUUCCUUAAAGUCUAAUGUUGUUUCCUUCAUAUGGGGAAGUAUUUGGCUGCACCAAGACCAACAACCAUGCUUGUGAAACCUAACAAUAAAAUGCUGAAAUCUACAACUACACUGACCAUUCUUAAGUUCUCCUCAGACACAAGUGUUGACUUUGCAUUAUUCUGAUCCCACAAGAUAACUAAUUCGAGCAUCUGCAGCCCCUUGUGCUUCCAAGAUGACUACUGCUUAGUUUUACAAUUCAAUAAUAUAUGUAAUCUAUUGAGCAUAACUUGUAUGUUUUGUUGCUUGAUUCAAUUUACAGUACUCAUAUAAAACAUUGGUUUAGUUAGUUUCACAUAGUUUGUAUUGUGAAAGGCAUUGGACACCCACCAAUGACACUUCGUGGUCUUCUGAAACAGUCUGUAUGUAGGAGUGGUUUGGGUAGUUAUCCAGUGUGUUGUGGGUUGCCUGAACAUUUAUCCACAUUUACAUUUAGCACUUCUGAAACUAGAGGUUCUGUUAUUCAGUACAGAAGGGUCAGAACAUGUUUGAAAUGGGUUUGUUCAUUCAGCUUCAUAUAAAACAUGGUGGACUGAUGUUUACAAAAUUAUAGCCAAGGUGAGGUGUUGUUUUAAGAGCAAAUGAGGUUGUCUUCAUUACAGUGUUUAUCUUAGGGUCAAACACAAACUGCUUGCCCACAGAGCAUUGAUUUUUUUUUAACAUCCAUUCACCUCCACCUUGAAAUGUCUGAUGUGGAAGUAGUAAAUUGUAAUGUCUUUCCAACACACCAGUUGUAUUUCAGUUUUAGAAUCUGCAGAAAUCAAAGCCAAUACAGAGGGAGCAGAAAAUUCCAACUAAAUACUUGUUUCAGGAAUACCUGUUUCUCACAUUAACAAAAUAUAUUUGAAGGAAUGAGAAAUGACCAAACUUUGUGGAACAAAUGCUUUUGGUGAACUUUAAAGUGCUUAUUAUGUACAUAUAUAUAAUUUACAUUUGAAUGUCAAUUUAGUGUUUGUUGCAAUUGCAUUACACUAAUGCAUCUCUUCCAUUUUAGCUCCACUACAGUAAUACUUAAGACAAGGUAAGCCACCUUGUUGUAAAAGCUGAUCUUACCAAUUUCUGUGAGGUAGCAUAGACAUUUUGCAAAAAUGAUAGCUGCCAAAAUGGUAAAAGAAUUCUAGUUUGGAGAUUAUGUUUGGAUCCCGGUGCAAAAUAAACAUUCACAUUCUCUUUUUAUUUUCUGUUCUGUAUCCAGUCUAAAGUGUUCAGGGUAGGUUUUGUUUGUUUUCUGUUGCAGUGUUCCCUAGGUAAUUAAUGGAAUAAGUUGUACAAAGAGUAUGAUUGGAUUGAAGAACUUCGCAUCCUAAUCAAGCAAAAUGGGGAGGGGACAACUAAAAAAUGCAGCAUUAGA